AAAAACAAAAAAACGCCACUUCCCACAAUCCUCUGUCCUCCACUACAGUAAGCGGUAAGAAUGCAAGAAAAAUCUCAAAUAAGAAGAAGUGGCAGGAAUUUGGAGACUCAGCUGGCACUGGAAGAUAACUGUACAGGAUCCAAAGCUGUCUCCAUUAUGUCCGAUGAAGAUCUAAUUUCAGUGGAUUAUGAGGUUUUUGGCAGAGUGCAAGGUGUAUUUUUUCGGAAAUAUACCCAGGCAGAAGGGAAGAAACUUGGCCUUGUUGGUUGGGUCCAAAACACACCAGCAGGAACAGUUCAGGGGCAGCUCCAGGGCCCGCGCUGCAAGGUGAAACAAAUGCAAGAGUGGCUGAGAUCCACUGGGAGCCCCAAGUCACACAUAGCCAAGGCGGAGUUCAAGAAUGAGAAGAAAAUUGACAGCCUUGAACACUCAUCUUUCAGUGUUGUGAAAUAACUCAGACUGUGCCUGUAAAAUUAACUUAUGUAGAUGUUUUAUUUAUUUAGUCUUUUUUGUUUUUAAUGGUUGGAAUUCAGCACUUAAAGUGAAUGGGGGGAGAUGGGUACUGUAUAUGUUUGGUCUCCUUAAGAUUCACAGAAUAUGAACAACAUUAAUAAAUGUGAACUUCCUUCAACAGA